ACGGAGUACCACCAAAUAAAGUACGGAGUAGCAUUUGUUCUCAACCAAUAACAAAUAGUAGUGGCCAUAAAUAUGGAGGGAAGUUCAUCGUCAAGGGGAAAGGCGGCGGCGGCUCAAGGGAGCAAGGCGGCAGAGAAGGCGGAGGAGGUGAAGUACCGCGGUGUCCGACGGAGGCCGUGGGGCAAGUAUGCGGCGGAGAUACGCGACCCCACGCGUCAGGGCGCCCGCCAGUGGCUGGGCACGUUUGAAACCGCAGAGGAUGCUGCCCGGGCGUAUGACCGGGCAGCAUUCAGACUGAAAGGGCAUCUUGCCAUCUUGAACUUCCCCAAAGAGUACUACUCCAAGCUCCCAAACCCACCUUCCUACUACCCUUCUUCAUCGCUCUCUCAUUCGUCUGCUUCGGUUUCGGCUGGGAAGGCGAAGGAGGUGUUCGAGAUCGAGUGCUACGACGACGGCUUGUUGGAGAAGCUUCUAGAAGAUGAUGAUGAGGAGGAGUAAUGGAAUGGAGAAACUUUAAUUUAAUGUUUACUGCUGCAAAUUAAAAUUGUUCAUUUGUGGGUUGUGCUCUCUUUUCAUGGCAUUGUUUGUUGACCCCUAGCUAACUAAGAGUUCAAAUAAAUAUUUCUUUGUUUGGUAUUAACAAUGACUGAACUUAUAUUUAAUUAAAACAAUUGUUAAUUAGAUUAUACUCCGUAUAUAAUACAGAGUAGGAUAUUUC